CCCGGUGAGCCAGCGGCUACCACAGCACUGCAGGCAGCCCCCAGCAUGAACCUGGAGAAAGCAGGGGGUGAAAGCUGGCAUUCCUGUCAACUUUGGAGAUUUCAGAGAGGGAGGCUCUGUGGUGGGAAACGCUCCAGCCUGCCCGCAGCCCGGCCCUUCCCCGUGAUCCAGGAGGUGAUGGCCUCCAUGGCACAUCUGCAGAAGGAGAAGCUGCGGCUGCAGGAGGAGCUGCUGGAGCUGCAGGAGAAGCUUGCUGCCCAGGAGAACAAUGAGCUCUCCCUCUCUUUCCAGCUGCAAGGACAGGUGGAAACUAUGAAGGAAAAGCUCCUGGAGCAGGCACAGGAGAUCAGCCGGCUGCGCUCGGAGCUGGGCGGCACGGAUGCAGAGAAGCACCGGGACCUGCUGGCGGCCGAGAACGAGCGCCUGCGGCAGGAGAUGAAAGCGUGCGAGGGGGAGCUGCGGGAGCUGCAGCGGCAGCAGCAGCAGGCACCGUGCCGGGACUGCCCCCACCUGCAGGAGAACGCCAAGCUGCAGGAGCAGCUGUCCCAGCUGCAGCAGGAGGCAGAGGAGACCCGGGCCAAGCUGGUGGAGCUGGACCUGGAGGUGCAGCAGAAGACGAACCGCUUGGCUGAGGUGGAGCUGCGGCUCAAGGACUCCCUGGCUGAGAGAGCUGAGGAGGAGGAGCGGCUCAGUCGGCGGCUGCGGGACAGCCAGGAGACCAUCGCCAGCCUCAAGUCCCAGCCCCAGCAGAUAAAGUACAUCAUCAAGACGGUGGAGGUGGAGUCAGCCAAGGCAAAACAAGCCCUGUGCGAGACCCAGUCCCGAAACCAGUACCUGCUGGAGCAGGUGGGGAUGCAGAAGCAGGUGCUGAAGGAGAUGGAGCAGCAGCUGCAGAGCUCCCAGAAGACAGAGGCUCAGCUCCGAGCUCAGAUCAUGAUGUACGAGGCUGAGCUGGAGCGAGCCCAUGGGCAGAUGCUGGAGGAGAUGCAGGCGAUGGAGGAGGAGAAGAACCAUGCCAUUGAAGAGGCAUUUUCCCGUGCCCAGGUGGAGAUGAAGGCGGUGCAUGAGAACCUAGCAGGUGUCCGGACCAACCUGCUGACGCUGCAGCCGGCGCUGCGCACCCUCACCCAUGACUACAACAGCCUGAAGCGUCAGGUCCGCGACUUCCCCCUGCUGCUCCAGGAGACCCUGCGCAGCGCCAGGGCCGAGAUCAGCCAGGCCAUCGAGGAGGUGCACAGCACCAACCGGGAGCUGCUGCGCAAGUACCGGCGGGAGCUGCAGCUCCGCAAGAAGUGUCACAACGAGCUGGUGCGGCUCAAAGGAAACAUCCGUGUUUUUGGGCGAGUCCGCCCCAUCACAAAAGAGGAUGGAGAGGGCCCCGAGGCAGCCAAUGCUGUGACCUUCGAUGCUGACGAUGAUGCUGUCCUGCACCUCCUGCACAAGGGGAAGCAGGUGUCCUUUGAGCUGGAUAAGGUCUUCCCCCCACAAGCGUCCCAGGAGGAGGUGUUUCAGGAGGUUCAAGCCCUGGUCACCUCCUGCAUUGAUGGCUACAAUGUCUGCAUCUUCGCCUAUGGGCAGACAGGGGCAGGGAAAACCUACACAAUGGAGGGGACGGCAGCAAACCCAGGGAUCAACCAGCGGGCCCUGCAGCUCCUCUUCUCCGAGGUGCGGGGCAAAGCGGCCGACUGGGACUACACCAUCACUGUCAGCGCUGCAGAGAUCUACAACGAGGCACUCAGGGACUUGCUGGGGAAGGAGCCACAGGAGAAGCUGGAGAUCAAACUGUGCCCUGAUGGCAGCGGGCAGCUCUACGUGCCUGGGCUCACCGAGUUCAGAGUGCAGAGUGUGGAAGACAUCAAUAAGGUCUUUGAGUUUGGCCACAUCAAGCGGGUGACAGAGUGCACCAACCUGAACGAGCACAGCUCUCGCUCCCACGCCCUCCUCAUCGUCACCGUCCGCGGCCUCGACCGCAGCACAGGGCUCCGCACCACAGGGAAGCUGAACCUGGUGGACCUGGCAGGCUCGGAGCGGGUCGGGCGCUCGGGCGCGGAGGGCAGCCGGCUCCGCGAGGCGCAGCACAUCAACAAGUCCCUGUCGGCCCUGGGCGAUGUCAUCUACGCCCUGCGCUCCCGGCAGGGCCACGUGCCCUUCCGCAACUCCAAGCUGACCUACCUGCUGCAGGACUCGCUCAGCGGCGACAGCAAGACCCUGAUGAUGGUGCAGGUGUCCCCUGCCGAGAAGAACACCAGUGAGACGCUGUGCUCCCUGAAGUUUGCAGAGAGGGUUCGCUCUGUGGAGCUGGGUCCUGUCUCCCGCAAGGCUGAGCUGGGCUCCUGGACCAGCCAGGAGCACCUGGAGGGUGACUCGCCGGGUUCCACAGCACCACCUGGCCGAAGCCACACAUCCCCCAGCCCGGGGCAGCUCUCCAGUCGCUCUGCCUCCAUCCGCAGGAAGCUCCACACCUCAGCCUGACUUAGGGGCAGCCGUGGCUGCCAGGGAAGCUGAGGCCAGUCCCCCUGUGAUGAGUGCCAGCCACGGCAUCAAAUCUACUGCAGGACCCAGCCACUCACAGUGACAGAGAUGGCUGCUGGAAGACAUGAAGGCUUUGGUGCCGGUCCCUUGGCCACCAGGACCCAUGAUCAGAGAGUGAUGGCACCUCUCACCAUGAGCAGCAUGGGGGCAAGGGUGUCCCAGCAGCCAGCCCCAUCCUCUACGGGUAGGGAACAGUGGUGCUGGGCAGAGAUCUGCCCCCUCGGAUGCUCAGCUCUGAGAGUUUAUUUUUGCUGGACAGAUGUUUUUUAGCCAGAGCAGGGAGCUGCUGGGAGCUGCUCCCUCCAGCUUUGCUUUUACAAUGAGAUCUGGCUGGAAGGGGUGCACAGAGCCAGACCAGCCCCUGGCCCUGCCUCUGCUACCGCCACAGGGCCAGCCUGGCCACAGCUCCUGCAAGACUGUGUUUGGGCAGCUGCCCCGUGUCUUCAGAGCAGCACUUCCUUCACGUUAAGCCACAAAAAAUCCCAGCAGCUCCUGUCCCUGUCAGUUUCUCAAGCCCUGUUGUUGCAUGAAGGCCCCUGGUGCUGUGCAUGAGCCGAGCUGCUGUUCCUCAUGGUGCUGGUGCUGCCAAGGCCCCACGCUGGCUGCCUGCGGUACAUGGCACCAGGAGGGAUGGAGCAGUCUCGAAUGAAGCUAUUGUAAAGUUAUUUACCAGUUGUCUUGUCAAGAGAGAUCACAGUGUGGUCGAGAUGAAAGUGUUUGAAAUAUUUAUACCUGUUUACACGGUCUUGGAAUGGAAAACUAGUGGAAAACAAA